AUGAGUUUUGAGUCUCCCAGAGCUGACGAUCACGACGGAAAGAAAUUUCUCUCUCGUAAGUACAUUAUUUUUUCAGUUAGGCAUUAGAUAUCCAAUUUUUAAGAUGUUUUCUUUAAAGAAAGUAUGUUCAGUGCCUUUCAGUUUUUCUGAUUCAAAACCCCGUUGCUUUUAUACACCAACUGAUUAUGAAGAAAAGUUAAUUUUCACUCCGUAAAAUAAUUACUCAUGGAAAAGUCUAUUUUCUCUUAGGUUACGAGCAAUACUUAGAUAUUUCUGACUUAACUUUCGAAGCUAAGACCGCCAACCGGCCAAUUGUUUAUUUCUCUCGCGCCAAAGUCCUUCUAGCUUAAAUUUUGUUUUUAUUCAUGAGAGUAUUUCAUGAAAAGUUCCUUUAUUUUUGCUCCUAGUCGGAAAAGUUUUUCUCAUUUUAAAGAAUGCUGUUGAUUUUUAAAUUCCUGUUUCAUUUAUUUUGUAACAGACACGGUCCGAAUAGGAGACGGAGAGAUUUUGGCGAAAUUCAAUCGCGCGCUGGCUUCCAUUGUAACAACAGAAGGGUGAGUCUUGAGCUGAAUCUUCUUAAUAUAAAUAUGACGGGAUUCUCAGUUAUUCACUGUAAUUUAAACUAAAAGCUAUAAAUAUCUUUUAAAUUUAAACGUACUUUUGUUAGAAAUGAAAAAAUAAAAUUCCAUGUUCGUGUGAUGUCGAUGAGUCCUCAAAAAAUAGCCAAAGAAAUCAUGGAUUUCUGCUUCGUGACAUCGUUUAUUUUAUUAGAGUUCAAACUACUUUCUUUAUUUCAUUCAAUCUAGUUCUUCCUGAGCAUUUUUACUGGCAUUUCUUUCAAUCGCUGGCAAAAUUGUUCUUCCUUGCGCUUUAUCUGUGAUUUCAGUUUUUUUUUUAAUGGAACCGAGGAUUUGUGAGUUACAAAAUGAAAUUCAUUGGGAAGAGAGAUAAACUAUCGUUUUUUAUAGUAUCGCAUAAAUCCGGGCUGGGGCUUGUUCCCAUGUCGUUGCUUAACUCGCCUGCUUUGCCUGAGGAAGUACGUGCCUGUAUUUCUCCGUAGGUGGUCUUUCAAGUUAUCAUUUCAAAAAUCGUGAUCAGCAUGUGUAAUAUGUACACAUGAUUUUGCAAGAAGGCCAAUAUAUGAUCACAAAUUUCAUUAAAUAAAUUCCUCGGGCGUUACAAGCGAACACGCCUUUAAAACAAGCUGUGCUAACUUUUUAAUCAACGAAUUUUGGUUUUUUAGUACAUAAUUGAUUCACGCACCCAGUCAAUGACUGAUUAAAUCUCAACUCCAUCUUCAAACUGAAAACACUGAAACAAUCCAUACAGAUUUUUUCAGUUCAGCAUUUCAAAUCGCGAUUAAGUUGCGAAACCGAAAACUUAAAAGUAAGUUUUUAUAAUAUAUCUUUGUAUAGCGUUUCACGACUGUUAAUUAAAAGAAAAAAUUCUUGUUUCUUGUCCAUUUAGAUUUGCCGCCCAGAUGGGGAAUGUUAAUGGAAAUUUAUGUCAUAUUCCCCAGAAGAAACUGAAGUUGGCGUAAGUAUUUAAAACACUUUUUGUUAUAUCUUUUCUUUCCGAUAAGCUGGUGAUUUAAAUAGCCGCUAAAAGUAACACCACAAACCUCGCGCAUUUUCAAUUGUCGGUUAAAACGUUUUAAUUAUUUUGACAACUGAGCCAGGCGAAAUCUAAAUUAAAGGAAACCGAAACUCAAUGUUAAUUUAGUUAUUGGCUACUAAGGCCAUUAGUCCAGAGUGAGAUUUGGAAAUUAGAGCGGUUUACAAUUGAGUGUUGAAAGUAAUCCUGAAUCGCUUUGGUUUCAGCUUCACUUUGCUCUGUGAUUGGUCGCUAAAACUUGUGCUACCAUUUCAACCAAUCAGAAGCAAAACUAAAACCAAUCCGUCUUGGUCACUCGCGUUUUCCCGCGCUUCAAGCGGGUUGCCUCUUUCUACUUUAAAUUCUGAUUGGUUAUUGAAGUUCUGAUGGUGGUUGAAAUUGAUUUGGUUUUGGUUUUUGACAUUCACUAAGAAACUGUUCUAUAUGACUGUAGGCUACAGUUAGGCGGUAUCUUACAUGAAUAAUUUUGUAAGCUUUUCUGUCGCCUAUAUUUGAUAUUUGUUCUCCUAUUUUAUUAUCAUAAUCUUAUUUAUUUGUACAAGUUAAGAAGAUUUUGAAAGUCUUUGCCUGUAUAACAGCGCAACUCUGAUUACGCAUAGGAAUAAAUUCAGGAUUUCUUCGGUUCUGUUUUAUCUCGCUCUGUGAUUGGUCUAUAGACCACUGACGUAGCCAUCUCCUACACCAAUCAGAAACAGCUAAAACCAAUCCCCUGCCAAGUUAUACAGCGCACCCUCGCGUUCACUUGCUGUUAAAUUGAAUUCCUUGUGAUUUUGGCUUUUUAUAUCUUUAACAUUUGCGAUUACUGUUUUAUGGUUUUGCCACACUUGAAGGUUGCAUUUGUAAAAUAUUAUCGUCGGGUCUUGAAUCUUCUUUUCCUUCAUUUUUUAGGUCCUCUUUAUGGUAUCCGGAAACAGCGCUACAUUAUCCGGUACCUGGGCUCGCUUAUCACUACCUUGUGGGACACGAAAGAGGCAUUGAUAAUCGAGAAAGAUCUUUUCAUGAGCCUGAGGCUGAAGCGGGAAUUCUACAGGUCAGUGAACAUACAUAGAUGGCUGCUUUGAGGAUACUUUUGUUGGAGUAAUUGGACCAUCGACGCUAGGCUUUAUAAAGUUUAACAGCUAAUACUGAAUUAACUUAUGCUAGGAAGAGCCAGCAUAUGGCAUAAUUGAGUUUGCGCAUGCUUAGCAAGGGACGCAGGGAGUAAUGGGAAUUAGAAAUGCAAGCAAUAAGUUCAGCUAUUUAUUACGCGUGUAUGCCUGAAGGACCUAUAUUUCUCUGGGUGGACAGAAAAUAAUUUAAAUAAGAAAAGAAUACAAUUGAAAAUUAUAUGUACGAAGAAUUAAGUGAAUAAAAAAGCUGAAACCAGAAUAAGGUUAAUAGAAAAUAAUAAUAAUAAUAAUAAUAAUAAUAAUAAUAAUAAUAAUAAUAAUAAAGAAAAGCAAAGCUAAGCAAACCAGAGCAGGUUUCGCUGUUUCCACCAUUCUACAAAAAUGUUCAUCUUCCAUCUUAAAGCGAAACCCGUUAACUGCCUUCGUUAAGAUAUUGGCCACUAUUUCUAACAAAAUAUUCAAUAAUAGCCAUCCAAUCUCAUUCUCAAUGUUUUUCGAUUAUUAGGCGAUCAAGGAAUACGAUGAAUUCGAGGAAUGGAUUGACGGCUCCACUAAACUCCGCUACUCACCGUAUAGCAGAGAGGCUCAAGCACAUAUUUCUGGGUGGGCUAUGAAAUAUACCAACAACCACAACAAGUUUGUACUUAAGAAGACUUGUGUUGGAGUACUGCUAUGUAGUGACGACUGCACACUGCCAAAUGGGCUUAAAAUUGUCGUUAGACCUGCUAUAUCUGAUAAAGGUAAGCGAACUUCUUGCCUAUCUACGUGGCUGUCGGCCCACUCUCAAUGUUCCUGAAUUCUUGCUUCCUGUUAAGUGGCCUGUCUGUCUUUCUGUUCGUUUCUAAGGUUGUCCGUCUAUCUGGGGUCUGUCUACCUUUGUCUUUGUUUUCCUACCUGUCUUCCUGUAUGUUGGUCUGUGUGUCUUUCUGUCUGUGUAUCUGUCUUUCUCUCUGGCUGGAACUCAGAUAAUCUCUUUUCCAUCUGUCUUUCUGUAACUCUGUUGAGCAGGAAGCUAAGUCUACUCCACCCUCUUAUUGCAGUUCGGGAAAGACAAAUGGGUCAAAAUUGUCCAAACGCCACGUGCACAGGAACUCUCGUCCACAGAAAGUGUACAGGUAAGAAAGAAUGAUUUUUUCUUGUCGAGACUCGGCUUUUUCGUUACGUUGAGUUCUUGUACAAAAAGGUUGACAUACUCUCAUUUUACCUUUUUUUUUUUUUUUUCCAGGUAACAACGGAUAUCCAGUGACCCACUUUUGGGUCCAUCAAGAGGAUGGAAUCUAUUUUGAGUCCAAAGGUACCCAUGAUCACUUCAGGCCUCAAGCAAGAAGAGCAACUCCGGAUAGAAAUUCAAAUAACAAAGUUAGCAGCAGCCAGAAAGGUAACAGCGAGCAAGUGGAGAACACAGAAGACAAAACAGAGAAACAGGAGGUAAUUUUAAUUAAGUGCGCUGAUAAAGAGAGUCACGUGAGGAAAUUAAACAUAGUGCGCCAGUCAGAGAGACAACUGGGAAAAUUCAGUUAGAAGGAACCAUGUAGAGUUUUAAUGCGACUAAUGUAUUAGUUACCCUAAGUGGGUAACACGUGAGCAGUCACAUGCUCCUAAGAAAGCACUGAAGACCCUAUCCGUUAGCUUAGUUGACCUGCCUUCUCUUUUUAAAAUCUAUUGAAUUUAUUUGGAGAAUUUUUCUUCAGGAGUACAAAACGUCCUUUUUGUGGAUUCUAGACGAGUUAAGAUUUAUUUGAAAAUGCAGCAUACUAAGCUUGAAGUUUAAGAUCUAAAAUCAAGCAAGGAAAAUUUAUAAUGUUGUUUUUUCUCCUUAGAAUGCUUCGACGUCCUCUGAUGGAAAAAAGCACAAGUCUAGAAAAAGACAACACACUGAAAUAGAGGAAAAUUUACUUACAAGGCAAUCAGAGAUCGUGCAGUUGUCCUCUUCGCUCUCGUCUGGAUUAUUGAGAGGUUACUCAGUUGAGGAAGAAGACCAAUAUAUCUGUGUGACUGUACCCGAGUCAGAAACCCUCUUUCAUAGGGCUCUGUCACAUGAUCAAACGAACAUUACCACAUACGGGAAACUUUACUUACUCUGUCAGACAUUCCACGAUGUCAUUCCCGGAUUUGACUUGCUAGAGACCCGUAUGAUAUCUCGAAGCGUGAUGGGAUGGCCUGUUGUUAUGGCAACGUUAUAUCGGCAAGGAACGAAGGAAGGGCAGAUUCACCAUAUGAAGACUUUGGCUCGCCUUUGUUCCACGCCUGAUGAAGACUUCUUUUCGCCUAAGGUAAUGUAGAAAACCAUCUUGUAAAUGCUGUCUUUCUGUCUUUUUGUCAUGUUAUCUGGAGGGAAUUGAAAAGUCAUGAUUUUAAAAUCAAUGCUUCAUUGGCGAAGGGGUAUUGCACCAAAUGUCAAAGUUAGCUUUAAAGAAUAGGUAAAGAUGAUGUUUUUGGUUGGGACUUUCCGAAAUGCAAUAAAAAAAAUACCCCUCAUGCCUUCUAAAAUCAUUUGGUAGAUUGCCUUAUCCUCCUUACUAACACGUGAUCUAAUUCGUCAACAGUGGCAGAUGGUUAUCCAUGAUUUCCCCGCUGACCAGGCACAGAUGGUGACCGAGGCCAUAGUAAACAUGAUCAUCAAUACUCAAGUGCAAACUCUCCUUAAGGUUUUUCAGUACAAAAGCGUCAGCUCAUUGUACAAAAUGCUCCGAGAAAAGAUCACCAGCAGUUUACAGAGCUACGACAUGCACUUUGAACUGUGCAAGCGAGAGAUAAUUACAAGGUUACAAGAUCCACUACUCACAAUGAAGUUCCGCGACAUGACGCAUAGGCUCACGGCAGAGAAAUGCACUGCACAGGAAUAUGUCAGCACGGACUGCAUGUUGUCAGGUGAGCUGAGAUUAUUUUGCGUAAAUCCAAACGAAUGCAAUAAAAUCCUCAAUAUGUUUUUAGCGAAAGGAAAUUGAAAUUCCCGGUGUGUGGAACUUCUCUUUAUCAACAAUUCAGUGAAUAAUUUAUGUAAAAAUUAUUUUCUGAUAAAAGUCUCUGUUUUCCACAAACGUCAAUAUUUUUCACUUAUGUCCUUACUGCAAAAUGGUCUCGUGCUCAGACCUCUUCGAGCGACAGUGUUUUAAUCACAUUAGAAGGAUUAGGCGUGCUUUUUAGCUGAUCCCAUCUUACUUUCAUGUCCCACAGGGGGAGUAUUUGGAUCAGUUAUAAGAGAAUUCUGGAAUUUCUGGGGAAGUAACAUCGUGGCUCCGAAAGUGUUCUCUGUGGCUGAUGAGUUGGUGGGAAGAAGAGAGAAGUCGGAACAGUGGCAGAGUAGACAGAGAGGUAAUUAUGAGACGAGGUAUCAAGGAUUACUUUGAGAUUUUUACCUUUAAACGAAGGUUUUUCAAAGUAAUAUUCUACCGUGAAUACAAAUUUGUUACGACUGGAUCGCGAAGAUCAAGUGGAACUAAGUGAUCAUUGCCUUUUUAAAUACCUCAAAUCUUAACGAGAUGCUUACCAGCGAGACUUGUCCGUUCGCUAGACCUACUUUUUUUAUGACUCACGUCGCGUCCAAAUUAGAACGUGGGGUACUGGGCACAAACUUUGAUCCGAGAGGAACCUAAGGAGACAAUAUAGCAAGGUUUAUGUGGAGAGCCAAAGCACUGAAAAAAAUUCGACAGACCCAAACUUUCACCACUUCCCGUUGUUUCAUUUCCAUUGGUAGAAUUAACAGAACGACUAAGAACUGAAAUAUUAAUCUCUCUCUCUCUUUUUUUUGUGUCUUUUUUUGUUUUAGGUCUCACAUUUCCCAGCGAUCCACAGAAAGUAACUUUACACCACAUGGCCGAGGUAGUAGUCACGUGGUGUCAAUAUCAGGCUGAUCAUUGGCCGAAAUCAGGUAAACGACGUCACUUUUUGAUUUUCCUAACGUACGGGAAACAAAUGAAAUGAAACGUUCGAAAACGUUUUUAGACCUUGAAUGUAUUUAAGGAGUUAAUUCGCUCAAAAUUUCCAUCAAACUUUACUUAACCAUUUAACUCCCAUGAGUGACGAAGACAGAAUUUCUCCUUACAAUAACAGUACAAUAUCAUGCAGGAAAGUGAUGAGAAAUAAUGAGGAAUAUCAAUUAGCGGAUUAUUUUUCGAUCCUAUACAAUUUCACCGAAGUAACCUCAUAAGAAUUGCAAAGCAUGCAGUAAGGAAGAAUAUUUAAUACGAUCUUGGAAAGUACAAGAAUGUUUAUUUCGUGUGGGAUUUCUCGUUACUUUUUUAGGAUGUCAGCCCUGGAAUUUUAGGCAAUAAUUCGUCGUAGCUUAAAUGGAUAUCAAUUGUCUUUUUCAGUUGUGCAAGAAAGUAUGGCAAAGUUUAUACAUCUUCGACCGGAAGAGAAGCGACUUCACUACGCUUUAGAAAGACCAGGUUCCGCGUUUCAUCGACCUGUCACAUACCCCACAUUGCCCAUGCCCAGAUUUCAAUGGUGCUGAGUGCAUGGGAACCACCUGAUUUUAAGUUUUUUGUAAAUAAAUAACACUGCUCUAAUGGAGCAUUAUUGAAACACUUAGUGCUGCGGCAAGUUCAGUAAAUAUUGUAUAAAAUUCUUACAAAAAUCUGGUUGAUUACAAUCAAGGCAGCGCUUGGUCGCUGUAAACGUAAAUGAACUCAAUUCUAGCAGAGCUACCGCUGACCAUAAAACCUGAGGACACUGUUUCAUUGAAACUUAUCAGUCAUUGGAAAUGCUGACUGUUAAAAAUUAAAGUCCCUUAGCAACCUCGUUUUUAAGGGGGGCAGCAUAAACCUUCUCUUCGAGAAUUCGAAUUACAAAUAUGGUUUCGAAAAGACUUAUUAGGGUUAAGGUUAUUAGGGAAAAAUUAAAUUUUUCAAAUUCAACGAAGAGUUGAAAUCCACAUUACUAUGUGAUAUGUCUUACAAAGUUGUUACUUGUUGUUUUAAUUGCUUUUUCUGUCGUUAAGUAUCGAAUUGUAAAUAACAUGUACCGUCUGUGAUCAUUGGAUAAUGAUGCUUUAGCAAAUUGAUAUUGGUACAAUCUAGAAAAGAAAAAACUUUACCGAGGUUUUAGACAGAGAAGAUAAUUGUUUCUCGAGGAACAAACAACAACUAAUAAGCAAUCAGCUAAAAAAUAUACCUUAAGCUAGAGUAAAAUUUAAAAAA